UUGUUCCCAUAAAAAGAGGCCACUCCUUUAAUACGCUCCACUUUGCUCUCUCACUUUUCUUCUUUUCGCUUCCCCCACCCCAUCCCAAUGGAUUCUCUCACUCUCAUUUGUACCGCCGCUCUUCUCGCCGCCGGCGGACUUUACUGGUUCAUUUGCUUUUUUGGCUCCGCCGAGGUUAAGGGUAAACGGGCCGUCCAACUUACCGGCGGCUCCAUCGAUAAAGAGAAUGUCCAAGACAACUAUAAACAGUACUGGUCUUUCUUCCGAAGCCCUAAGGAAAUCGAAACCGCCGAUAAAGUCCCUGUAUUCGUAGAUACAUUCUAUAAUCUCGUUACUGAUAUUUACGAAUGGGGUUGGGGUCAGUCUUUUCACUUUUCCCCUUCUCUCCCUGGUAAAUCUAACCGUGAGGCUACUCGUAUUCACGAGGAAAUGGCCGUCGAUCUAUUAGGUGUGAAGCCCGGGUCCCGCAUUCUGGAUGCUGGUUGUGGUGUGGGCGGGCCGAUGCGGGCUAUUGCGGCCCAUUCUAAAGCUAAUGUGGUUGGAAUCACCAUUAAUGAGUAUCAGGUGAAACGAGCGAGGAUGCACAACAAAAAAGCAGGGCUCGAUUCACUUUGCGAAGUUGUUUGCGGGAAUUUCCUGCAAAUGCCUUUUGCAGACAACAGUUUUGACGGAGUUUAUUCAAUUGAAGCUACAUGCCAUGCUCCUAACCUUGAAGAAGUGUACCAGGAGAUCUACCGGGUGUUAAAACCUGGAUCCCUGUACAUUUCUUAUGAAUGGGUUACAACGGAAUUGUACAAAGCCGAAGACCCGGAACAUGUAGAGAUUAUCCAUGGGAUUGAAAGGGGUGAUGCUCUGCCAGGGCUGAGAACCUACAAGGAUAUUGCUCAAGUUGCUAAGAAAGUGGGUUUUGAAGUGGUGAAAGAGAAGGAUUUAGCAAAGCCCCCAUCACAUCCAUGGUGGACAAGGCUGAAAAUGGGGAGAAUGGCCUACUGGAGAAACCACAUUUUGGUCACAAUUCUUGCAUUUCUUGGAAUUGCACCAAAAGGAACGGUUGAUGUUCACGAGAUGCUGUUCGUGACUGCUGAUUAUUUAGCUCAAGGUGGUGAAAAGGGCAUUUUCUCUCCAAUGCAUAUGAUUCUCUGUAGAAAACCUGCAGCAGAGUAAAAACCCAAAUCCAAAUCCAAAUUAUUGCUCUAGAGAUUGACCAUGGAGGUUAAUUUCACUCUGUUGUCCCUUCCUUCCAUUUUAGCUUUUGUUUUCUUAUCGAACGAAUUGUUGUUAUUUUCCUUUGUUACUUGUAGUUUCGAUCUAUCUCUUUUUGUUCUUGUUUCAAUCUAUAAACUAGAAAAAGAACCAUCUUUAUUUGUUAACCACUUGACUUAAUUACUAAUCAAUUAUUACGCUUUC